UCUGGUAAGCGGAAGUAGAACGUUGUUCCGAGGAAGUGUGCCGAGGCAAUGGCUGGAAAUGGGAACGUAAACAUUGUUGUUGUAGGCUGUGGGAUAGCGGGGAUAGCAGCGGCUCAGAGGCUCGUUGAAUCUGGGUUCACUAAUGUCCGGAUUCUUGAAGCGACUGGAAGAAGCGGAGGACGAAUUAAAACAGGCAGACUUGGUGAUAAAGUCAUUGAGAUUGGAGCAAACUGGAUCCAUGGACCCUCUGAGGAGAACCCAGUGUUUCGUUUUGCCCGCCAGUAUGGGCUCCUAGACCCAGAGGCCCUGACCCCAGAGAACCAGGCAUUGGACACUGGAGGACAUUCCCUCUGGGUUCCCAACAUCUUCACCAGUUCAGGUAGGAAGCUUGAUGUCAAGGACGUCUAUCCAGCUCACGAGUUGUUUGCUGAGCUGCUGAGUGAAAGUUCAGAGUUUCAAAAUCAAAAAGGAGAGCCCUGUGUCAGUGUGGGAGAUUUCAUACGCUCAGAGGUGAGACAACGAGUUGCAGAGAAAUGGAAAGAUAUCGACUCGGCCACCAGAUCACUGCGACUGUGCAUGAUCAGUAGCAUGUUUAAGAGAGAGUGCUGUAUUAACGGGACACACAGCCUGGAUGAGAUGGGUCUAGGGGCCUUUGGGCAAUACAAGAUCCUGCCGGGAUUGGACUGUACCUUUCCAGGUGGCUAUGAAGGUCUUAUUACAAACUUGAUGUCAGAGCUCCCUGAUGGUUUAGUGAGCUACAAUCGACCUGUGCGGUGUGUCCACUGGAGCAACACCAAGGAGGAACAAAACUCAGUAACGGUGGAGUGUGAGGAUGGGGAAAGGAUUGUCGCGGAUCAUGUUAUCGUAACGGUGCCUUUAGGAUACCUGAAAAGACACCAUUCAAGCCUGUUCCAACCUCCUCUCCCUCUUCACAAGCUGCACUCCAUCCAGAAGCUCGGUUUUGGGACCAACAACAAAAUAUUUGUGGAGUUUGACGCACCGUGGUGGGAUGCUGACUGUGAUGUCAUUCAGCUGGUGUGGGAGGAUGAGGAUGCAUUGGUGGAUCAGGUCCCAGAUGUGCAGAGAUCCUGGAUAAAGAAGCUGUUUGGCUUCACUGUGGUCCAACCCACUGAAAGGUAUGGUCAUCUUGUCUGUGGCUGGAUCGCAGGGCAUGAGUCUGAGCAUAUGGAGACACUGUCUGAGCAGGAAGUCAUGCAUGCCGUCACACAACUUAUCCGCAGAUUCACAGGGAAUCCUUCCAUCACUCCACGGAGAAUCCUGCGCUCCCAAUGGUUCCAUGACCCCUGGACAAACGGAUCUUACAGCCACCUGGCAACGGGCUGCUCAGAGCAGGACUUGAAGAACAUGAUGGAGCCUCUGCCGCUGAAUGAAUCGAAAGCACGACCCCUGCAGGUGUUGUUCGCUGGAGAGGCCACUCAUCUCUGCUAUUUUUCCACCGUCCAUGGAGCGCUUCUCACUGGGUGGAGAGAGGCUGACAGACUCAUCUCCCACUACUCCUCCAGUAAUCCCUCCGCACGCCCUACGUCAAAGCUUUAAAAGAGCCGCACUGUUGCCACAAUAGAGGUUUAGCAAAUUUAAGUAAUAUAAAGUUUACCUUUUAUGAUACAUGUGAAAAUUACAAAGCGUGAAUGAGCUAAUGGAUUGUACAACACAUUAUGUUGCAAUGCUUUAAAGCUGCAACCUUACACCUACAGGUGCAUCUUAAUAUAUUUGAAUAUUAUUGAAAAAUGCAUUUAUUUCAGUAGCUCAAUUCAGUGAGUGAAACAUGUAUUUAUUUAUUUUUUUAAUUAUGAUGAUUUUCUGCUUACAGGUAACAAAAACAUGAGAUUUACCAUUAGGAUAUUACAUCGGACCAAUAAAAAAAGUCUAAUACAGAAAUGUAGGUUUAAUGAAAAGUAUUUUUAAUACCUGCUUAAAGGUUAUUUCUAAAAAGCUACUUUUAAUCUUACAAACAAGCCUAGAACUCAUUUUCCAGUUAACUGAGAUGUACGUGUUCUCUUGGAAACAAUAUGGACCUUUUUUGUAAACUUUUAAUAAGAGUACAUGUCCAAUACUGAUUAAAAAUUACUUUGUUUUUUUUAAUACAGAUCUUUUUUUUUUCUUUCAAAUAAUUUUCAGUGAUCCGCUGUAUUAGUCUGAUGUUUAUGAACUGACUGCAAAUAACUGAAUAAAUUCUACAUUUUUACCAUC